CUCCAAGGAGAUAGGCAAACACGAGGAGGACAGUCUUGUACCCGGAGAAACAAACAAGAAGCAAAGCUGCUGCCCUUGGAACAUCCCUAUCUCAGCCUUGGUUUCUCACCACUGCAUCCACCCACCCCCCAGCUCGCCUCCAUCUUGCAGGGAUUCAGCGCUAGCUCUUCGAUCGACGCGCGGUUGUUCCACACGUCGUCCACCGUCUGAGGAAAUGAUCAACCGGUGCCUCUGCUGCGUCGCCCCCGGCGGCGACUCCGAGCCGGAGGCUGCCCCCAGCCGCCGCCGGAGGGAUCCGUCGAGGAGGGGGUCCAAGAACAAGAACAGGAGCGUGGAGUUCCCCUGGGAGAUGUACACCCUCAAGGAGCUCCUCCAGGCGACCAACAACUUCAACGAGAGCAACAAGCUCGGCGAGGGCGGCUUCGGCACCGUUUACUGGGGCCGCACCUCCAAGGGCGUCGAGAUUGCGGUGAAGCGGCUGAAGGCGAUGACGGCCAAGGCGGAGAUGGAGUUCGCCAUCGAGGUGGAGAUCCUGGGCCGUGUCCGGCACAAGAACCUGCUCAGCCUCCGCGGCUUCUACGCCGGCGGCGACGAGCGGCUCAUCGUCUACGACUACAUGCCCAACCACAGCCUGCUCACUCAUCUCCACCCGCACCGCGGCACCCCGGCCUCCCAGCAGCAUCCCCCGCUCGACUGGCCCCGCCGCCUCGCCAUCGCGCUCGGCGCCGCCCAGGGCCUCGCGUACCUGCACCACGAGGCCAGCCCGCACAUCAUCCACCGCGACAUCAAGGCCAGCAACGUGCUGCUGGACGCGGACCUCGUGCCCAAGGUGGCCGACUUCGGCUUCGCCAAGCUCAUCCCGGAGGGCGUCUCCCACCUCACCACGCGGGUCAAGGGCACGCUCGGGUACCUGGCGCCGGAGUACGCCAUGUGGGGGAAGGUCUCCGAGAGCUGCGACGUCUACAGCUUCGGCGUGCUGCUACUGGAGCUCGUCAGCGCGCGCCGCCCGCUGGAGAAGCUGCCGGGCGGCGUCAAGCGCGAGAUCGUGCAGUGGGCGGGGCCGCUCGUGGAGCGCCGCAAGUGGGACCGCCUCGCCGAUCCCAGGCUCACCGGGCGGUUCGACGCCGUGCAGCUCCGGGCAGUGGUCGAGACGGCCAUGCUGUGCUCGCAGAGCAACGCGGAGGGCAGGCCGACCAUGGCCGAGGUCGUCGAGAUGCUCAAGUUCGGCGGCGAGCGGCGGAACAGGGAGAUCGUGCCGGUGGCGGACGCCGCCAGCCAGGACACCACCGUGACCAUGGACCGUGAGGACGACGUUACCGGCAGCAGCGAGCCGCUGGACAGGGGCCGCAGCUGGAAGCUGACGACGCUGAGGUGAUACGACGAUUACCAUCUCCCACCAUUUCGAUCCAUGCUUGCGUCACAACAUUGCACUGCCUUACGAUCCAAUGGGAUUAAGUUGCAAAUUCAUGAUUAGUGGUUCUACUUAGAUCGCAUUUUGUUUAUUAAUGUCAAUCAAUUCAAUUGCAUAGCGUAUGAAAUUGGUGGUGGGUGGUGUUUGGUGAUGGAUGGAGAUCGUACCAAGAGUUGU